AUGUACACCAAGACUCUUGUUGUUGCUGCCUUUGCCGCUGCUGCCUCGGCCCAGCUGCCCGCUGUCGCAAGACGCGACUUCGUCGAGGCACGCCAGACUGAGAGCCUGGGCGCAGGAUGCCAGGCCGCCAUCGCCUCCAUUGCACCCAUCUACAGCGAGAUCCCCAUGCCUCCGACUGACCUUGUCACCGCCUCGCUGCCCUCUGAUCCAUGCGAGACCCCCUCGUUCACUGGCAGCCUCUCCUCUGAGUACGCCUCGUACACCAGCGAGGUCCUCGGCUGGUACUCCUCCCACAGCGCCGACAUCCUCAGCGCCCUGGCUCAGUGCACUGAGCUCGCCUCAUAUGCCUCCGAGGUGCCUGUCUGCUCAUCUGUGACCGAUGGCUCCGGCAGCAUCCCCACUGGUACCACCUCCGGCUCCGGCUCCAGCGCGACCACCGGUGCCAGCUCUUCGGGUACCGGCUCUUCGGGUACCGGCUCUUCGAGUGGCAGCUCCUCCGCGGCCACCACCUCUCCCAGCAAGGCUGCUGCUCCUCGCGAGACCGGACUGGUCGCUGGUGUGAUCGCAGCUGCCGGCUUUAUCGGCGCCGUUGCCGCCCUUUAA